GUGCAACCGAAAAAGCGGGGAACGACAACUAAAACUCAGGCUAUGGCUAUGGGAUGUGGUGCUAUUGGCUGGAAACAGGAACAAAGGAGCUUUUUUGCAUAUGAGAAAAAGAUAUUGCAGGCUCAUACUCAUGUCUUAGAAUCACGUGGCGAAAUCUUGACUGAAAUAUUGGCGUGAAAAAUAUGGAAAACUCACAAAAUUGAGUAGCAGACGAAAAAGGAGCUCCCUAAGUUCGUCCCCUGAGCUUUAGUUUCGGGAUCGUCUGCUCAUUUAUUUUUAAAUUGGGAAUUUGGGAUACCAAGACAUGUUUCAGUCACAAAUCGUUCUUAUCAAAGUUAUCAGUCAUACAUAGUGAUCCAACCGACUUAACAUUAUUUUAAGUACGGUCCUAAAAUGAGUGUGCGUGAUAUUGAAAGUGUUGUAAAGGUAGUGACGUAUAGCCUAAUUCUGAUAUUCAAAUUCCGCGAUAAACGCAUCGAUUCGAAGAAAAUGCACAUAUUUUUCUCGAGCUGUCAUUUUUUGCGACUUGUUCGCCAAUUUAUGAUGAAAACUGAUGCCGAAAUCUAUGAAGUCCCGACCGCUUUAUUAAAAAGGGUAUUGCAGAAGCAUGGCUGCUUCAAUGCCCAUCUGGAUUUAGGAAAUAUUUUGAUUUUUGGUUCAGAUUUUCUCCCCAAAGUUUUAAAACAACCUAGGUGGUUACUUGUGCAAACACCAUAUUGCACUGCCCGUUGGGUAUGUGCAAUAAGCCUUCCAAUCAGGAAAUUACAUAAUGGAUGUUUUGCCAGUAAUCAACUUUAUCACAACUUGUUUGUCAUGAAACCUAAAUCACCCAUUCAGAUAUUUCCGGAAACACUACAACAAACUAGUAUACCAUCAGCUAUCACUGCACGUGUUUCCUUGUUGAAUUCCAGCCAAACCAGCAGUGACAUUGUAGAAAAAUUAAAAAAAUUCUUCAAUUCAAAAAAAUAUUUACAGCCAGGUGAUCUGUUUCAAGUUGAUAAAGGUCUGCUGUUUAAAGUACAUUCAGUUGAUGCGUCAAAGUCGGUAAAAAAGAAUAUUGGAUAUUUCGUUGAAAACCAAAAAUCGUCAUUGUUCCAGCUUGCCAGUAUACCUUCGUUACAAUUUUCUCUAACACAAAAACUCAAGAAAAUACCAACGGAAUUGUCAUUUUCAACUUUCGAGGAAAUAAGAAAUUGCACCAUAUCAAACCGCCCUCCCAGCUUGUCUGGAUAUUGCGAUUUCGUACACAAACUUAUAGCCCCUUUUAUUGCACAUGGCACACCUGAUUUUACGAAUCGGAACGCCUGUCUUGCACUCCCUACAUUCCUAAUGACUGGACCUUCUGGGUCUGGCAAACGCUUAGUUGUAAAAUGCGUUGCGGAUGCCUUGGGUCUUGAGUUCGUCGAAGUGUCCUGUCUUAGCCUUCUAGGCGAAUCAAGUAAAGCCUCCGAAUUACGUAUUCGUAAUGCUUUUGAAAACGCCCGUCAAGUUUCUCCAGCUAUUUUAUAUUUCACAGAUAUUGAGGUUAUUGGUAAAAGUCGUGAGGGAAGUGUUUCGGAUUUCCGAAUUCUGCGAUUCUUCGUCUCGGAAAUCCACCAACUUCAGAUGAAUUUAAUAACAGAUUCACAGUCUCCGCUGUUCAUCGUUGGGAGUUGUCGAGAUAGGAAUAAAUGUUCCCCGGAUGUGUGUGGUGCCUUACUUCAUAAAAUCAACAUUGCCAGUCUGAGCGAUGAUCAACGGAUUACUACAUUCCGGUGGCUUCUUGAAGAAAGAUCUCUGCUAGUCAAUACACCUCUGGAAGAUCUAGCACGAAGAAUGCACGGAUUCCUCUUAGGAGAUUUGAAAGCCGUCAUUUCGAUUGCUACAAGGCAUGCUGAUUUCAGGGUGGAUGGUGCAAUCUCCGAUGUUGCCUUGAUUCCAUCGUCUUCCAUUGACCAUGCCAUAGAUUUUGUCCGCCUUUGGCAAAGCAAAAACAUGAACGCCCCAACAAUUCCUGAAGUCCGGUGGGAGGAUGUCGGUGGAUUGCAGCACAUAAUCACCGAGUUACUGGACACUAUUCAACUUCCUUUAAAAUUUCCAAGCCUUAUUGAAAACGGACUAAAGCGAUCAGGUAUUCUGCUUUAUGGACCUCCUGGAACGGGGAAAACUUUGUUAGCGAAAGCUGUAGCUACCGAGUGCAAUUUGCACUUUUUGAGCAUCAAAGGUCCCGAAUUGCUCAACAUGUACGUCGGCCAAAGCGAAGAAAAUGUGCGUAAUGUUUUUCAAACAGCUAGGCAAGCAUCACCAUGUUUGAUUUUUUUCGACGAGUUGGAUUCUCUGGCGCCUAAUCGUGGACGAAGUGGUGAUUCUGGAGGAGUAAUGGAUAGGGUUGUUUCACAGUUAUUGGCCGAAUUAGACGGGAUAAACAAAUCGGCUGUGGUUUUUGUGAUAGGUGCGACUAAUCGUCCUGAUUUGAUUGAUCCUGCUCUGCUUAGACCUGGAAGGUUUGACAAACUUCUCUUUCUAAGCGUUAACGACUCCAAGGAAUAUCAGCUUUCAGUCUUGAAAGCCCUUACUAGAAAAUUUCAGUUGCAUCCGCAGGUUGAUCUGGAAAACUUUGUUCUUGAGCUCCCGAAGUAUUUAACUGGAGCCGAUUUGUAUUCUCUUUGCUCUAACGCAAUGCUGAAAAACGUGGAAAGGAAUAUCCAACUCCUAAAUGAAGGUCGUGUGAUAUCCGAAGCAGAUAGAAUGCUAUCCGCAAUUGAUUUCCAGGCAGCUGCUGGUCAAUUAGUUCCUUCCGUAUCGUCAAAAGAUCUGUCUUCUUACAGAGAACUGGAACGCAAGAUUAACCAGCCACCGUAGCGUUUGCUUUUUGUUCAAAUCACACUAUUCUCUUCUGAAAGUUCCACGGUGGAACCCUCGCAAAAAAAAAGUAAAAGUCGGGCUUAUUUUCCUGAUAUGAUUUCCGCUAGAUGGCGAUACAGUACUUUUCAAAACAAUGGACAUAAUUGAGUUAGUCAAAUACUUUGUCUGCUUCGGAAAAGUUAAUCUGCUUCAGAAGUGGGGUUGAUGUAAGCACGUAAGUUUUUAAUUUUUAAAAGAAAAUUUGGUUUUUAUAAUUAAAAAUCGCAGUAAAGAAGCAAAAUCAAAUGUUUUUUCUACCGAUUCGGGUAGAAUAACAAUGGACAAGUUAAGUGUUUGACCAUUUUGAUAUUCUGAUUCAUAAUUCUAAAGGCCUUACUUUUAUUAUUGUCUAAUGUUUAACAAUGUUGGUAGUGACGCAAGACUUUGUUGGGGCUUUAUGAGAAACCAAGAUCCCUUUCCCAAAUGGAAAGAUACUUAACUAGACACAAACAUAUCUACUAAACACAUUGCGUUCUCAUGUGAUUCAUUAUAGUUUAUUUUUUAAUGUUACUACAUGUUUCCCAGAUGUAGAUUGAUAUUUGUAAGGAAUUGAAAGAGAUUGCACUCAUAAAAUUUUUUGAACCUUUU